UUUUGCCCCAAUUGAAGUGUUUAUUUGCUUUACCGCCCUCCGCAUUCACACUCUUUUCCUCUCGCAUCUGCAAGUUCUGUUCCUCAGAUCUAACACAUCAUCGCAUUUGCUCAAGCUUUUCGUCUUCUUCGUUUACUGUUCAUGUAUUUUCUGCGCGCUCGUGAAGAGGAUGUGUAUUAAAAGUCGAGUUUCGUGCAUAUAAUUUCUCCAUACUUUUGGGCUCCAUUUUUUUGUUGAAUUCAAGGUCCUUGCUCAUCAGCUUUGGAGAUUUCUCGUGGUCAAGUUGCUAGGUCGUAAGCAAUACCUCAGCCUUUUCAGGCUUGGCGCAUCUGUUUCUGGUUAGAAGCAGAUGCAAUUUGGUGAUACUUUUGAACGUCUGGAACUGAUUAUUGGAACAUCUGUCUGAUCCUUGACUUUCAAUACUGGAUAAUCCAAAUUUAUCAAGUGGGAAGCUCCUGAGACCUGCUGUAGAGGCCACUUGUUUGAGAGGACAUCUUCGAAAAUGAUAAAUAGAUCACUAGUCUUGACAUAUCUAUACCUUCUAAUCUACAUCACGCUUUCAUCUGGGGUUAUCUUGUACAACAAGUGGGUUCUUUCUCCGAAGUACUUCAACUUUCCAUUUCCUAUAACACUUACCAUGAUACACAUGGGAUUUUCUGGUGCGGUGGCAUUCUUCCUUAUUCGCGUUAUCAAGGUUGUGUCCCCUGUCAACAUGACACUUGGCAUAUAUGUUUCCUGUGUAGUCCCUAUAAGUGCCUUCUUCGCAUCUAGUCUUUGGUUUGGUAACACUGCGUACUUGCAUAUAUCAGUGGCUUUCAUUCAGAUGCUUAAAGCCCUUAUGCCGGUGGCAACAUUUGUUGUGGCUGUUAUGUGUGGUACCGAUAAACUGAGAUGGGAUGUCUUCUUGAACAUGGUGCUGGUCAGCGUUGGAGUUGUAAUUUCCUCAUAUGGGGAAAUACAUUUUAAUGUGAUUGGCACCGCUUACCAAGUUACUGGCAUAUUUGCAGAAUCUCUAAGGCUAGUCUUGACGCAAGUUCUUUUACAAAAGAAGGGAUUAACUUUAAAUCCCAUUACAAGUUUAUACUACAUUGCUCCAUGCAGUUUCGUGUUCUUGUUUAUCCCAUGGUAUUUUCUGGAGAAGCCCGGGAUGGAAGUGACACAAAUUCAGUUCAAUUUCUGGAUUUUCUUCUCCAAUGCCAUAUGCGCACUGCUGUUGAACUUCUCGAUAUUCUUGGUGAUCGGUAGAACUGGGGCAGUGACUGUCCGAGUAGCUGGAGUUCUAAAAGAUUGGAUUCUAAUAGCGCUCUCGACGGUGGUUUUCCCAGAAUCUACCAUAACGGGCCUAAACAUUAUUGGCUACGCCAUUGCUCUUUGUGGGGUCGUCUUAUACAAUUAUUUGAAGGUCAGAGAAGUUGGGGGACAACAAAGUCCCGAUGGUAUUCCUGAAAGGAUUUCAAAGGACUGGAAGUUAGCAAAGAAGUCAUCCGAUGUAUACACACCCGAUGGCAACAUCAAUAGCAAUGACGACGAAAUUGGAAGCAAAAGUGCGAGUUUGGCUUCUGAUUUCCCGGUAGAUGAAGAGUCGGCACCACUCAUUCCUUCUUCUACUUCCAGGUUAUCCCAUAUUGGUCGUACUCAGCAAAAUGCUCGCAAUGCGUGACAAUCCAAAGGAUCGAAUUUUAGAAGAAAAAAAAGAAUUAUAUUCUUUGAUUUGGAUGUUAGAUAGUAUCUUUUUGUAUGACCUGAUUGAUAUCAGUAAUGUUUACUACUUAGGGAGUGGAGCAGGAUAGUAUCUUUUUGUAUGACCUAUAUUGAAUUUCAUCUUCAGAGACGUGAUUACAAGUAAGCCAAACUUUUUUUUUUUUGUUUUUUGGUUCUUUUCGAGUGUGAACAAUAGCUUUGUGCCGCAUUAGACGUGACAAAAACUACCGAAAAGAAGCCUUGCUCUCACUUUAAGAAGAGAGCCAGUGUGAUUAUGUAUGUUGCUCAUAAGUAUUUGCCGUAGGCUUUACAUAAAGAUAGUGAAUAUUCGAACAUUUCCU